AUGAAUUUUGCUGAAUCAGAUCAAUGUUCGUCCUCAGUGUGGGUGACUACUACAGUAGAAUUCAUCAAGCUUAAUCCUGAUUGGGAUAGAUCAGUGGGAUUCAGAUUUGGUCAGUGGGUCUCAGAAUGUCAAGCUGGAAAAUUCAGUGCUGCCGGAUCUGCAACCUGUUCUGAAUGCGAAGCUGGGGAAUUCAGUGCUGCUGGAUCUGCAACCUGUUCUAAAUGCGAAGCUGGGGAAUUCAGUGCUGCCGGAUCUGCAACCUGUUCUGAAUGCGAAGCUGGGGAAUUCAGUGUUGCUGGAUCUGCAACCUGUUCUGAAUGCGAAGCUGGGGAAUUCAGUGCUGCUGGAUCUGCAACCUGUUCUGAAUGCGAAGCUGGAAAAUUCAGUGCUGCCGGAUCUGCAACCUGUUAUGAAUGCGAAGCUGGAAAAUUCAGUGCUGCCGGAUCUGCAACCUGUUCUGAAUGCGAAGCUGGAAAAUUCAGUGCUGCCGGAUCUGCAACCUGUUCUGAAUGCGAAGCUGGGAAAUUCAGUGCUGCUGGAUCUGCAACCUGUUCUGAAUGCGAAGCUGGAAAAUGCAGUGCAGCCGGAUCUGCAACCUGUUCUGAAUGCGAAGCUGGAAAAUUCAGUGCUGCCGGAUCUGCAACCUGUUCUGAAUGCGAAGCUGGGGAAUUCAGUGCUGAUGGAUCUGCAACCUGUUCUGAAUGCGAAGCUUGGGAAUUCAGUGCUGCUGGAUCUGCAACCUGUUCUGAAUGCGAAGCUGGGGAAUUCAGUGCUGCCGGAUCUGCAACCUGUUCUGAAUGCGAAGCUGGGGAAUUCAGUGUUGCUGGAUCUGCAACCUGUUCUGAAUGCGAAGCUGGGGAAUUCAGUGCUGCUGGAUCUGCAACCUGUUCUGAAUGCGAAGCUGGAAAAUUCAGUGCUGCCGGAUCUGCAACCUGUUAUGAAUGCGAAGCUGGAAAAUUCAGUGCUGCCGGAUCUGCAACCUGUUCUGAAUGCGAAGCUGGAAAAUUCAGUGCUGCCGGAUCUGCAACCUGUUCUGAAUGCGAAGCUGGGAAAUUCAGUGCUGCUGGAUCUGCAACCUGUUCUGAAUGCGAAGCUGGAAAAUGCAGUGCAGCCGGAUCUGCAACCUGUUCUGAAUGCGAAGCUGGAAAAUUCAGUGCUGCCGGAUCUGCAACCUGUUCUGAAUGCGAAGCUGGGGAAUUCAGUGCUGAUGGAUCUGCAACCUGUUCUGAAUGCGAAGCUUGGGAAUUCAGUGCUGCUGGAUCUGCAACCUGUUCUGAAUGCGAAGCUGGAAAAUUCAGUGCUGCCGGAUCUGCAACCUGUUCUGAAUGCGAAGCUGGAAAAUUCAGUGCUGCCGGAUCUGCAACCUGUUCUGAAUGCGAAGCUGGGGAAUUCAGUGCUGCAGGAUCUGAUUCUUGCAGUUCUUGCGAAAUAGGAAAAGAGGCUAACUCUGAGAAAACUAAUUGUAUUUCAUGUGAGAGCUUGCCCUCAAGCUGGGAACAGAUAAUGACACAGUCACAGUUCCCCCUCGCACCUGGGAGUGAAGUGUCCUUGAUGUGUAGCACCGGACACACUCUGACUGGAGCCAGCACUGUCACGUGUAUUGAGGAAGAUGACUUCUCCUUCAACGAAGAGCCUUUUUGUGUUCUAGACGACUGCAGCAAACUGCCGAACAUCCAGAACCUAGGAACAACCACCCAAUUUCCUGUUUCCUACGAUACCCGGGUAACAGUGCAUUGUGAUGCUGGGUACUCUCUUGUAGGUGGUGACGUCAUCACAUGUAUCCAGGAUGAUAACUAUAAAACUAUUGAUGGUCAACUUCCUUCUUGCGAAGAAAAGUUCUGUUCCGGCGUACCUCCUGAUAUCUCACAUUUAAAGUCGAGCACGAUCUUCCCUGUAAGUUACGGAAUAGUUGUGUCAGUGAGCUGUACGGAGGACAGAGAAUUGAGGGGCGACAAAGUGAUAACGUGUAACCAGGGUGUGCACUUCGAGUUCCUGGAAAAACCCAAGUGCAAUGAUUUCGGAACUUGCACGGAGUUGCCGAUAGGACGACACUUGAAAACGGAUGAUGUAUUCCCGGUGAAGAAAGGAGCUGAGAUAUUCGUGAACUGCUUUGAGGGGUUCACCCUCACUUCAGGAGACAGAACGAUAACCUGUGUACAAGACGCUGACUAUAUCUCAUCGAGUCAACUGCCUACUUGCAUCCCUGAAAAGUGCACAAAAUUGCCGAAUAUAUUUGACUUGAAGACCAGCACCUCACUUCCUGUGGAUCACGGUACAAUUGUGGAAAUGGACUGUAUCCCGGGGUACAGUCUGUCAGGGAGCAGACUCAUCACCUGUAUCAAGGACGAAAACUGGAGUUACUUGGAUUCCCCACAGUGUAUUUUAGAACUACCAGCAGCUGUAUCAGACAUGAUAACAACCAGCACCUUCCCCGUGAUAGUAGGAACAGUGGUGGAAGUGAACUGCAAGCCUGGCCACACUCUCGCCGGGGACAACGGCAUUACGUAUCGCUGUACGGGUAUGAUGAUUGAGAACUACCUUUCAACUAACGCUACAUUUCCUAUCACGUACGGAACUGCGAUCACAGUAGCUUGUGAUCCUGAGUACUUGCUGGCGGGCAGUAAAGUGAUAACUUGUGAGAAAGGGAUUGUCUACUCUCACAAGUCUUCACGGCCUCAAUGUGUUAACCCAGGUGAAUAA